AUGGCCCCCCAGAAAGAGCAGGUCGCCAUCCUCGGCUCUGGCAACUGGGGCUCGGCCAUCGCCAAGAUUGCUGGCAUCAACGUUCUCAAGCAUGAAAACGAGUUCCACUCCCGCGUCCCCAUGUGGGUCUUUGAGGAGCAGAUCGACGGCCGCAACCUGACCGACAUCAUCAACGAGAAGCACGUCAACGUCAAGUACCUCCCGGACAUUACGCUCGGCUACAACGUCGUCGCCGUCCCCGACAUUGUCGAGACGGUCAAGGACGCCACCGCCAUCAUCUUCGUCAUGCCCCACCAGUUCCUCGACAAGGUCCUCGACGACAUCUCGGGCCACGUCUCGCCGAACGCCAAGGCCAUCUCGCUCAUCAAGGGCGUCGACGUCAAGGGCGCCGACAUCCACAUCUUUGCCGAUGUCAUUGAGAAGCGCCUCGGCAUCCCCUGCUCUGCCCUCAGUGGCGCCAACAUUGCCUCCGAGGUCGCACUCGGGCGCUUCUCCGAGACCACGAUCGGAUACCGCAACGAGGCCGACGGCAUCAUGUGGCAGAAGGUGUUCCAGACCCCCAAGUUCCGCGUCCAGCUGAUCGACGACGUCACGGGCGUCUCGCUCUGCGGCGCCCUCAAGAACGUUGUGGCUGUCGCUGCCGGUCUCAGCGACGGUCUCGGCUACGGCGACAACACCAAGUGUAAGCUAACAUUACCUGUCAGCGAGCUAACUGCAGCCGCCAUCAUGCGUAUCGGUCUCGUCGAGACGACGCACUUCUGCAUGGAGUUCUUCGACGACGUCAAGCCCGAGACUUUCCUGAAGGAGUCUGCCGGUGUCGCCGACCUGAUCACGUCGUGUCUCGGAGGACGCAACCGCAAGUGUGCCGAGGCGUUUGUCAAGACGGGCAAGCCAUUCGACGUGCUCGAGCGCGAAAUGCUGGGCGGGCAGAAACUCCAGGGCAUCCACACGGCAAAGGACGUCCACAUGUUCCUCAAGGCGCGCAACAAGCUCGGCGCGUACCCGCUCUUCGACAAGGUCUACCACAUCUCCUGGGACGGCAUGGACCCGACCACGCUGACCGACGGACUGUGA